ACUACACAAUACUAUACUACACAAUACUACAGUAUACUACACUGCACAAUACUAUACUACACAAUACUACAGUAUACUACACUGCACAAUACUACACAAUACAAUACUGUACUACACUAUACUACACUGCACAAUACUAUACUACACAAUACUACACUAUACUGUACUACACUGCACAAUACUAUACUACACAAUACUACACUACACAAUACUACACUAUACUACACUGCACAAUACUUCACAAUACUACACUAUACAAUACUGUACUACGCAAUAUUACACAAUACUACACUAUACAGUACUGUACUACACAAUACUAUACUACACAAUGUUACACUACACUAUACAAUACUGUACUACACAAUACUACACUUCACAAUACUUCACAAUACUACACUAUACAAUACUGUACUACGCAAUAUUACACAAUACUACACUAUACAGUACUGUACUACACAAUACUAUACUACACAAUAUUACACUACACUAUACAAUACUGUACUACACAAUACUACACUGCACAAUACUAUACUGCACAAUACUACACUGCACAAUACUACACUACACAAUACUACACUAUACAAUACUGUACUACACAAUAUUACACUACACAAUACAGUACUACACAACACUACUGCACAAUACUACACUACACAGUACUACACAUUACUACACAAUACUACAGUGCACAAUAUUAUACUGCACAAUACUAUGCUACACAAUAUACUGCUCCAUACUAUACUACACUACACAAUACUGUACUACACAAUACUACACUGCACAAUACUAUACUACAUAAUACUACACUACACAAUACUAUGCUGCACAAUAUUAUACUACACAAUACUGUACUACACAAUACUAAACUACACAAUAUUAUACUACACAAUAUUAUACUGCACAAUACUACACUACACUGUGAUAAUGCGGCAGUGAUUUCAGGUCUGUAAUCUUUCAGUUGGCCAGCAGGGGGCAGAUUAACUGCACUAUCACAUUUACACCACGUGAACGUCUCUCUGCUUUUUCGGUUGAAUUGUGUGUGUGUGUGUGUGUGUGUGUGUGUGUGUGUGUGUGUGUGUGUGUUAGAAAAUAUUAUUAUCCGGUUAGCAGUUAGCAUUAAACAUGAAUAGUUUUAUAUCAGAGAUAUUUUUGUCUCCUGUUCAUCACCUGUGAGCUGAAGCGGAUUUCAUUCCCUGUGUGUGUGUGUGUGUGUGUGUGUGUGUGUGUGUGUGUGUUUGUGUUUGUGUGUGUGUGAUUAUAAAGGAGUCCUGUAAAAUUAUAUAAAUAAAUAAAUUAAAACGGGAGCGCGGCGCGGUCACGUGAGUCUCUAUGGCAACGCGACUUGUCAUCAGUGCAGCUCGCGCUCAGGUUGCAUAUCAGAUCUGUGUCUCUGUACAGCAGAGUAAAGUGUGUGUAGUGUGUGUAGAGUGUGUGUAUUAGCGGAUCGCGGCAGUGAGGAAAAUCUGCAGAUCUGAUAAACACCAUGAGCCAUUUAACCCCGGGGCUGAUUGGAGCAUAUAACAGUCUGACUGAUAAACACCUUACAGCAUAUUUUAACAAUGCACGAAUACGGAGACAUCUGCAGAGAGUCGGACUGAUCAGCAGGAGUGGGCGUAUCGUGUCGGAGAAGGAGUUCAGGUAUAAGGUCAUACACAGAGACCAACAGCGACACGUACGGGAAUGUCUCGCUCAGGCCAUAUUCCACAGAGUGCUGGACAUGGAGCGUCUGCAUCAAACAGAGAUCAGGAGGAAACUGGAGGAAUUUUCCAGGAGAGAGCGAGUGAAUAAAAUGAAGGUGGAGCGCUGUAACAGGUAUGAGGACGAUCCGCUCAUCUUCCUCUCUCCACGCCCACCGACCCGACUGAGGAAUUCACACGCUCAGCAUUCUGGGCCAGAGAGAGAACCAUCUGACUCCACUGACUCGUUGGGCUCGUCAAGGCCGAACACGGCUCCAGAGAAAACUCAGCGCCCGGUUCGUCUGAAGCCUCUGAACAGCAGCACUCCCACAUCAACCAAGAGAAACUCGUCUCGUUGCCAGAACCACGACUCGACUAAUGACAGGGAACAACCAAUCAGCUGCAUAUUGGACAGAGAUGUGAUGAGACACUUGACGCUAACAGAUUUCUCCAGCUCUGUCUCCCCGUAUCGACUUCCUGUCAUUAAUAACUUUGUGACCCCUGUACCUCCGCUGAAGAGGAAGGAGAAAUUACAAAAUGGGACUCUACGAGGUCGAAGGUUACGACCCACUACUGCCCCCAGUGACGCUCCUGACACAAAGGAGGGUGCUGUUCAGCGGGCGUGGUCUCGGAGUGCGGUGUGGGUGAAGAUGGUGUAUUUUGGGAAGAGUGUGCACCUGUCACAUGACCUGAUGGAGCUGAAGGAUGAGGUGAAGGUUUUCCAGCAGCACUGUGGGGGAGAAAAUCUCUGUGUUUAUAAAGGAAAACUUAAAGAAGGAGAGUCAUUUCAGUUUGUGUCUCGGCGUCACCGUGGUUUCCCCUUCAGUCUGACGUUCUACCUGAAUGGGCUGCAGGUCGAGCGUCUCAGCUCCUGUUGCGAGUUCAAACACAGGAAGAACUCACGGCUUGGAGGACGCCACGCCCACUUUGGCUUCUCUGGGGUUGAAGGAGCUGCCCCUUGCUACAGGUGCAUCAUAGCGAUGGGCCUGGAUAAAAAACCCACUCCACCAAAGAGGAUGAGAAAUGAUCUGCUUGUCUCCAAAUCCUGGGAAAAGGAGAAAGAAGAGGAAAAUCACUCGAAGUCUGAAUCCAGCCAAUCACACGAUACUGAGACCAAGAGAAACACCAAUCAGGAGCACAAACACAAAAACGGUUAUGAGGAAGACUUUGAGGCUGAUGAUGAAGGUCCCAUGGAAGAUGGAGUGGAUGAGGGAAAUGAAACAUCUCCAUCACUCAGCAGAAAAGAAGAGGACAAGAGAAGAAAGGAUGAAAAUGGAAGUGACAAUUUGAACAGAAACAAAGUGAGAGGAUCAUCGUCAGUCUCCUCUGGUCUGACCAGCAGCUCGUCUAGCAGUGAGGAAAAUGAACAUGAGCUUGAUGAAGAACAGAAAGAAGAGGAGCUGAAGCCUAAGAGACACAUGGCCACAUUAACAUCAGAAAAAGAUGCAGAGGAGACUGAAGACCUGCAGACAAGCAGCGUGUCUCUGCCUACCGAGGAUGAACCCCAAAAUCGGGAGACGGAACAGACAGAGAGGGUUGAUGGAGAAACUGAAGAACCCAGAGAAGCUGAGGAACCCACAGAUGCACCUGUAGAAGCUGAAGAACCCAGAGAGGAACCUGGAGAAGCUGAAAAACCCAGAGAGGACCUCAGAGCAGGAACAGCUGGAGAUGUGAAUAAGGAGGGAGACCGGGCCAAGUCUGUGCAGGAGAAGUUAGCGGCAGCCAUUUUAAACAUGACUGAGUGUGUCUCUGAACCUGAACUCAGUGACACCACCACUGAGGAAGAUGAGUUAGUGUCGUUCGUGAGCCAGCGAGAAGGUCCAGGAGCUGAGCCUGAAAAUAACGUGGCCCAGCUGACAGGCGAUGAAGAAAAUGGAUCUGAACCUGUGCAGGAGGCUGAAAUGGAAGAAGCACAUAAAGAGGAACCCAAAGAGGAAAUCAAAAAGGAAAUACAUGAAACACCACAACCUGAGACAGUAAAAGAGGAGGAAGAAAAAGACACCAACCAAACAGAAGGAAUAAUCCAAAAUGCAUCCAACGAAGACGAAAGUGCGCAAGAUGAGCAGAACAGUGGUGAUGAAAAAGAAGACCAAAAACCAGACGUCAGGAAAGACACAACUGAUGAGGAAGAAGGACAAAAGCAAGAGAACAAUAAUUUCACAAACGAGGAGAAUAAAUCAAAUGAAGAACCUGAAAUGAUGAAAGAGCCAGAGGAUGAAGAGCUACCAGAUGGAGAAGUGCCUAAAUCUGAGGAAUCAUUUGGACAAAAACCAGAGAAAGAGGCUACAAGUGAAAAUGCUGAAGAAACCAGAGCAACUCCAGUGGAGGAAGAGGUCAACAUGAUAGAGGAGAUCACAGACCUUCAGCUUGAGAACCCUGAAGAAACAUCCAUGAAUCAUGAAAAUGUGGAUCAGAAUACUGAAAAAGAAAAAAUAAAUGAUGAAGAGCCGAAUGGUGGAGAAGAGGUGUCUGCUGAUGAUAAGGUCACUGAGGAGGUCAGAGCUGAUGAUGAGGAAACUUUUGAUGAAGAAUCUAGAAAUCGGAGGAAUAAUUCUGAGGAGACAGGAAAUUACAUCACAGAUUGUGUUGAAGGCAUUAUGGAAGAUACGGAAUUAGAAUUAAAGGGUUCAGCCAUAAAUGAGGUGAACAGUGAAGAUGUGGCAAGUGAAGAUAAGAAAUCAGAAGAAAGAUUGGUGGUAUUUGUGACUGAGGGAGAAAAAGAGCAGAGAGAAGACGGAGGUGGAGUUGAGACAGACGUGACGGAUGGAAUGGAGGAAACCAAAGACCAGGAUCCUCAAGUUAAGGAGGAUGAGAACACAGAUGAAGGAAACAAGGAUGAGGAGAAAAUCGAUAAAGAGAUGACUGAAGAUAAUGCAGACCAAAAAGAGCCCACUCCACCAGGUCAAACAUCAGAGGAAAAAGCAGAGGAUGAUGUGGGAAAAAGAGAAGAAGAAAAAGAAGAACUUGCAGCAGAGAAAGAUGCUGAGCUAAAGGACAGAGAUGAUGAUAAACACGCAGAAGAGCUGAAGGAAAAGGAAUCUUUGAAAGAAACUGAGGUUGGAGAAAAUGAGGUAGAUGAUAUGAGUGACGGUGGUGAAGAAAGGACAGAUGUUGGUGAAGCUGAUGCAGAGAUGCAGAAAAUAGUGACAGAGCAAGAAGACGACAACAAAGAAGAACAGAAAGACAACGCUGAUCCCACUGUUCAUGAAGCUUUGCAGGAAACCACAGAUGGACCUGACAUAAAACCAGGAGAGAUCAAAGCAGAAAAUGGAGAAGAAACCAUUAAUGUAGACCAGGAGGAGCCUGACAAGAAGGAAGAAGCUGGACCAGGGGAAGGUGAGGGAACUUCUGAGACUAAUGAAGAAGAAAUAAAUCGAGACAUGACUAAAGAAGAAGGUGUGAAAGAUGAAGAGAUGGAUGAUGACAAUGAGAAAGAACAGGACCAAAGAGUAAUACAGCAAGAGACUACCAAUGAAGAAGAAGAAGAUGAAAAAGAAGAGGAGGAUGUUGGAGAAGAAGAGAUUGAACAAAAACAAAAUGUACAGCAAGAGACAACAAAUGAAGAAGAAGUAAAUGAUGAGCAGAAAGAUGAAUUGGAGAACAUUAAACCUCUAAUAUCAGAGAACAGUAAUGAUGCUGCCACUGAGGAUGAAGCUCCAUCAGACACCAAAACUCCUGCAGAAGAUCCUGCAGGUGCCGAGUCAGAACCCAAGGACACGAAUGUUGACCUUGAAAAUAGAGGUGAAGAAGAGAGCAGAGCAGGAGAUGGCAACCACAUUCAGUCAUCUACUGAUAUUAAAAAGGACAAAAGUGCUGAUGCUGCAAAAGAAACCAGGAGUGUAGAAGGCAGCACUUCUCCUUCAGAAGAAUCUCAGCCUCUGGAGAAAGUCCUGGCUUUCAAAAGAGAGGAGAGAGAAGCUGAACUUAUCGUUGCUCCUCAGACAGAUCAUGAAGAGCUGGUAAGUAACUGGGUGAACAUUCACCAAGCCUCAAACUAUUUUGAGACUUUUGUUGAGCCGCUGGAUGAGAUAAAGGUCCUCGACAGAGAGAUGACAGUAAACGCUGAAGCUCUGGAAAUAGAUGAAACAAUACUGAGUCCAAAAGAGUCUCACAGAAAUGAAGAAUCAUCUGAGACUGACAAGAUCAGCCUGCCAGUGAACAGCGAGCGUGAGGAACUUGAGGACACAGUGGUGGAAAACUUCAACAUGGAGAGUGAAGCUUUAGGAGCAGAGGGUCAAACUAAUCCAUUCUCCAGCAACUCAGCAGAAGAAGAAGAGGAUCGAAGACAAAUGGAUUCUGUGCAAACUCCAAAAGAUCAGGAAGAUGUUGCUGUAAAUAACGUCAUGAACAUUUCAGCAACACCAGUGAUGAAGAUUGAAAUUAGCCAAGAUAGCUAACAAUUAUUACAGCAUCAUCCGUAGCCCUGAUCUCAGAUUCUCCACCAUCCUGACCUCCAUUAGUAACCAAUAAACACCAUGAGGAUCUGUGAAAGUCAGAGUUAUGAUCUGUAGAAGAACCACAGUUACUCUAGAACCAGUCUGAGUUUACUAAUGCAGAACAUUCUGGAAUCGUGCUUUGAAAUUUUAACUGUUUUUCAUUCACCUUCAUCAAGUCUCUCACGUUCUAUCAGCUGGAUCUCAGAUGUCAUCAAAGGGUUUGUUUCUGAUUGAUCAGCUCACGUGAUGUUCAGUAGAUGACUGACUGCUCUGCGUCUCUGUGCACUUGAGGGCAAAAUAUUCAAGCAGAAGGAAAAUUUUCUUUCCUUAAAAGUGAGACAGUGAUGAAGCUGUUUGUAAAAAUAAACAGCAGCAAUAAAUCCAUUCAUUUUCUGUAGCGAGGAGGCUGGAGCCAAUCACAGAGGACUUGGGGAACAGGGCUACGGGGUGCCAACCCACGCACACACACACACACACACACACACACACACACACACACACACACACACACAAAAAGCAAUAAAUAUGUUGAUAAAUAAUAAUAUUAAUAAUAAUAAAAUGUCGAUAACUAUGUACAUGAUAAUUACAUAAAUUUGUUCUGUUAGCUAACUAGCAUGAAGGCUAAUAAACGCACCGUAUGGUUUUCACACUAACUAGCACUUUACACAAAAUUGAACAGAUUCAUACUAUAACCUCAGUAUCUUAUUUUACCAUCUAAUUAGCAUUAGCAUGCUAGCUCGUCCUCUAGGAUUCAUCAGACUGCUCAGGAUUUCUCCAUCUGAAUAAAAUUAUAUUUAAUUUAAUCAGUAAUCAUAUAUUUAUAUUCUGUAAAUAAACUGAUGUAUUUUUCAAGAAGAAAUAAAUGUAAAGAUAAGAGACGUGACACAUCGAGACACAAAACUGAUUCCAGUUUCAUCACCAAACUUUAUCAUAAUUACUCAAGUGUACAAUUUAUAGUUUAUAAAAAGUUUACGAGUUUAUUCUCCGCUGUUCCUCUCACCAAAUCGUCCUGUGGCAGAAAUCAGACACCACUGAACACUGACUAAAUUAUUUAUACUGACACACACACACACACACACACACACUUCAAACAGAAACUUCAAUGCCUGGACUUUCAUCUUUGUUAGUUGUUUUAUAUAAGAUGUUAAUUUCACUGGAUGCGGUGUUCAUUACUGACUCUCGGAUUAUUCAUGUAUUUAAAGGAUUCUGAAUUUAAAGCUGAACUUUGACCUGUUGUACAAUGUUUCAUUUUUCAUCUGUAAAGAAAAAACACUUCCUCCUGCAGUCAGGACCAACGACUUACACAAUACAAUAAAAUAUUUAAAGGCA